AUGUCUGAGAGGCGCGAAGAGGAAACUCACGCUGCCGCGGAGAGUUCCGCCGAUGCAGUACCGCGCGGACAAUGGUGGGCGAGUUACUGGCCUACCAGCGACUCGAAUGAACCUCCUGCGCAGCGCCGAAGGUUGGAGGAAGCACCUGCGCGGCCACAGUGGACCCUUGAGAGUAUGGUUGAAGACAUACUUAUGGAGGGAAAUUUUGCCUUCAACUUGACGCUGAAUGAUUUCCUUCGUGGUAAAUUCAGCGGCAGAGGAAUUGUGGAGUCCAAUGAGGGCGUCCUUAUGGAAGAGUUUGCUGCGGACCCCAUGAGAUUUAUCCACGACGCUGAAUUAUUGGGCACAAUAAAGGCAUCGGAGCCCUACAACUGGGUUAGGCGCGUGAUGGAACGUAAGAAAAAUAACGAACGGAUUAUCAUGCGCGACGUGGCCGAUCUUCAUCGCAAGGGCGUGCUCACUCUCAAGCAGUGGGGGGAAUUGGGAGCGGAGGGCAUGGAUGGCACCGAGAGGACGCGAAAACUUGACAAAGCGCUACAUGACUUGCGGCUACGGACAAUACUGCUUCAAACGCCGACGCCGGAGGGGUUGUACGAGUCUGUGUACAACGCGACGUGGAGUCAUGUUGUUGAGGCUUCUGACGGUGAAUGGAUGGGAAUGGUGGUGAAAGAGGGCAAACCACCAUUUUCUUGGAAGUACAAAGAGGCUGGUGGAGUUCUCGAAAACUAUAACGAAAAGGAUCAAUUCCAUCCACCACGUCCCAGGCUGAUGAUACUCACCUCGGACAGGGGAUGGCCGUACUCGUGGCGUAUGAUGGAAGCUAUUAACAACUGCUACAUCACCUCUGAGGUGGAGCGGGUGUGGCGGAUCGUCCAGGGCGACCUAAACGGGGCUUUCGUCACUGACGAUAUAAACUUGAUUGACGUGAGGCUGCGCCUUCUGCUUGGGACGCCCGGCAUCGGGAAGUCGAUGAACGCUGGCUCCUACCUUCUCCACCAGCUGCUUCACUACGAUGAUAAGAAACUCCAAGUGGUUGUCUACUGCUUUGGAGGAGAGUUGGCGUACGUGUUUGACAAAACCAAAAAAACGGUGGCGGAAUGCUUUGGUGAGGACAAUAUUAUAACGGUUGUAAACGAGUUGCCUCGGCGUUGCAUGAACGGGUAUGUUAUCUACGAUGUCGAUGAAACAGGUCAUGGACCAUCGGAUGAUCUUCCACCCUCUACAUCAUGGGGCAUGAUUGUGUUGUCAUGCCCACACGAAAAUCAGUUUGAGGCUUGGAGGCGCGUAAUGCGUCCCAGACUGAUUAUAAUGAAUUGCCCCGACGAGAGCGACGUGAAGGCGAUGUGUGCUUGGGAGACGCGUGAUCGCCCUGCACAGGAGCAGGCAGACUACUGGAAGGUGGUUGAAAAACGCAUUUAUUGUGUCGGACCGAUUUUACUUUGCGUCCUCACCGAGGCUGAAUAUGUGGAGCGCUUUAACUCGACUGAGGAUGCCGUGAACUCGAUGACCUCGUCGGAUGUUGAGCAUUGCUCUAUUAUGGGAACUGGAAAACUGUGGCAUGGCGAGAGUGUAUCUCACCAGCUUAUCAGACUUGUCCGAAUAAAGGGGGACAUCGGCUGUGAAGAAUUUCUCAACGCACCGGUCUGCGAGAAACUUUGGCAUCAAGCAUUUGAGAAGUUGUCGACGAUAAUGGAGGAGGAAGAGUUACUGUUGCUUGCGUGGAGGUUGAUGGAUUCUCCUUUGUCAGGCGCUCUGGAAAAGUGUACAGCGCCCGUAUUCAUACUGUCGACCUUUGUAGAUGCGAUACAGUACAAACUCGAGGAACUGCAGCCACCAGCAUGGCGUCCGCGGCGGCCAUGUGCGCUGAGAGUGUGGCCGUCUGACCACCCCAAAAAAUCCGUCCUACUACCGCCACUAGAAUACAAACUGAGGAAGGUUGAUGUAGAGCACGGGGUGCUGUACGUACCGGCUGUCAAAAGCUUUCCGUUGAUGGACGCCUUUUUUUUUCUCAAAUCAUCACAGAAGACGAUGGUUGGGCUGCAGGUGGCAACCUCAAAAAGACGUCACAUUACAACCAGCACGGUGAGACAGUUCAAUGCUUAUAUGGCGGAGUAUUUUAAUGUGGAGGACACUUUUGCCCUGGACUUUUUGUGGGAGAUUAUUUACGUGCAACGUGCAGGCAGCGUGCCAACGCCCACGUGGCAGAGAUGUGGUAUCGUCCAGCAACUGAAUGGAGGGCAAGGCAAAGCGGAAGAAAAAAUUGCGGCAUUUUGGAAUCGGAACGUGCAUCAGUACCAAUUGGAGAUAUGA